GAUGUAUAGUCGUUUGCAUUUGCCACUAAGUGGCACUGAUGAUUAAAGUCUCCAACAGAAGUAAAAGAACAAAAUAAAGAAAAACACGAGAAAAAUUCAUUGAGACAACAGAUGACAGGAGCAUUAAAUCACCCAGCCGUUGCUUGUGGUUGUUUUUUAAGCUGUGCAAAAAAUAAAGUAUUGAGUGAAGUCCAACAACAACAAAAAAAAGAGUGUGGGGGGAGAGGUAGUCGUAGACUCAGUCCCACCAACUUCACUCCUCCUCUGCCAGCACACAUCUGCUGCUGAGGAGAGGGGACACUGAUCCAGAGAGAGACUUCAUGCCUUGGAGAGCGGUCUGCUGCACGGCAUGGCUGACUACAUCACUGCACUGUGAGGAAGAAGUCAAAAGAAAAAUUACAACUGGAGAUUAUUAUUCAUGUUUACCCACUCCCAAGCUGAGCGUUGUCUUAAAUUUGAGGUGAUGUCCCGGAGCUGGUGCAGGCAGGUCCUGCUCGGCCUGGAACUGAGCACACUGGUGGUGGUGGUCCUGGCGGCCGGCAGCGCCGCACAGAUCUACGAGAGGAGGGAGGCAGGCUCGUCCUGCUACGGAGGAUUUGACCUUUACUUUGUUUUGGACAAGUCUGGCAGUGUCCAACAUUACUGGAAUGAGAUCUAUUACUUUGUCGAUCACCUGGCCCACAAGUUCAUCAGUCCUCAGCUACGUAUGUCUUUUAUUGUGUUUUCGACGGAAGGACGGACUCUCAUGGCGCUGACGGAAGACAGGGAACUAAUACGGGCAGGACUGGAGGAGCUACGCAUGGUCCAUCCAGGCGGAGACACCUUCAUGCACAGAGGAUUUCAAAGAGCCAGCGAGCAAAUAUACUAUGGGACGGGACAUGAUUACAGGACGGCCAGUGUUAUCAUUGCUCUGACAGACGGCGACCUGAGAGAAAAUCAGUUCGACCUGGCACAAAGAGAGGCCGGCAGAGCGCGGCAGCUGGGAGCUACCGUCUACUGUGUGGGAGUAAAAGACUUCAAUGAAACCCAGCUUUCGACAAUAGCUGACAGUAAGGACCACGUGUUUCCCGUGAACGAUGGAUUUCAAGCGCUGCAAGGGGUCAUUGAUUCGAUCCUGAAGAGAUCAUGCAUUGAGAUCCUGGCCGUAGAGCCUUCCAGCAUCUGCGAAGGAGAAUCCUUCCAGGUGGUGGUCAAGGGGAAUGGUUUCCUUCACGCCCGAGAUGUACAGAAAGUUCUCUGCAGCUUCCGCAUCAAUGACACAGUUACUUUGAUGAAAAGGCCUUUGGUGGUGAAAGAUACCUACCUUUUGUGCCCAGCUCCUGUUCUGGAAAAAGAGGGAACGUCCGCCACGCUCCACGUCAGCAUGAAUAACGGCCUCAGCUUCAUAUCGAGCUCCGUCACGAUUACAGCAGUCACUUGCUCUGAUGGGACGUUUGUGGCCAUAGCUCUGCUCAUCCUGCUGCUCCUGCUCACCAUUGCCCUGCUGUGGUGGUUCUGGCCUCUCUGCUGCACCGUGGUCAUUCACGAGCCACCUCCUCCAGUAAUAGACGAUAUCUCUGAUGAUGAAGAUGGUUUUCCAAAGAAGAGGUGGCCCACUGUUGAUGCGUCGUACUACGGGGGCCGUGGAGUCGGCGGCAUCAAGAGAAUGGAGGUUCGUUGGGGAGAUAAAGGCUCGACUGAAGAAGGAGCCAAACUGGAAAAAGCUAAAAAUGCUCGAGUUGUGAUGCCCGAGCAGGAGUUUGAUCCCCCUCCAGUACGGCCUUAUUACCACAUGCACAAAUCUAACCGUCCCCAGAAGUGGUACUCUCCCAUCAAGGGCAAGCUGGAUGCUCUGUGUGUAUUCCUGAGAAAAGGCUACGACAGAGUGUCUGUGAUGCGGCCCUAUCCUGGAGAUAAGGGCAGGUGCAUAAACUUCACCCGGAGCAAAUCCUACCCCACCCCUCGCUACCCCAUCUACAACCACCCCUCCACACCUGUCUACACUCUGCCCCAUAGUUACCAGCGUCGUCCGUCGGAGGGCAGCCAGCUCUUCAACCUGCCCCCCUCACCGACCUCCACCCUCCCUCCCCUGCCGUCCACUCCUCCCCCGUCCUCCACCAGCUCUCCCAUGUACACGCCGCCCCCGAACAGAGCUCUUCCCCCAGCCGGCCCCGUCUCCGCGCCCCCGUCUCCGACGGCCUCUCUGCCGCCUCCGCCCCAGGGCCCGCCUCCGUGCAGGGCGCCUCCUCCGUCACGCCCGCCUCCGCGCCCCAGUCAAGAGAACUACUGAUCAUUUAGGACGUGGAAAAGUCCAGAAAUGGAAACCUGAAAAUGACCUUUUCACCGUGUCCGUGUUUAAUUGUGUCCAAAAUGAAUGAGAAAAUCGCAGUAAUUAUGUAUUUUUACCUUUGGAGGCGUCACCUUGACAUUCAGCUCUUUCAAUUCUGAUGUCAUCUUUUACAGCUCUACACAAUGAAAAACAAAAAUCUGUGGAAAAUUCAGCAGCUCAGCGACAUGUCAUGUGUUUUAUACAUGCAAGUCUGUUCGGAAAACGCUGGAAAUUGUACAUUUUGUAAAUGAAUGCUCUUUGAAUUACUAUAACAUGUUUGUACACUCAUUGAAUUUGAUGGACGAUGACAGUUUUGAUGUUAUGAUAUAUGUAUAUAUAUAUUUUUUCCCCGUUUGAACAAAGCCAAGCUAGCUGUUUUACUACUGCUUCAAGUCUGUAUGCUAAGCUAAGCUAAGCUAGCCGCCUCCUGGUUCUAGCUUUACGCUCACUGUACAGGCCGCCAUUGAUCUUCUCAUCCUACUUUUGGCGAGAAAGCAAAUAUUUACCGCACUCACCCAUUUCUGACAUCUCAGAAGUGUUGUCGCACAGAGACGAAGUUAAAAGCCGGAGUCGUUAAUCGCGAGGCUGACAGCGAGACUGUUAAAACACGGGAGAUAAAUCUUCAAGACUGUUUGAGGCUGACUGUCAGGGAGCCUUUGUGUAAAAGUGACAGUUGUGAAGCCUGCGACCGACUCAGCAGAAAAGGAAAACCGCAGAUUUGUGAUCAAUUUUUUUCAAAUAUAAUGUGCAAUAAAUUAGUAAAGAAGA